AGACGCCAGUUCUUCCAUCCCUCUCUCCCUCGCACCCGGGUUAAAACCCCCGGCCGGAGUUCCCUGAUUUCCCACUGGAGUUAUCCAGCAGGUUCUCGGGGACCACGGCCGGCUCCUGCCCCACAGCACUACGGGAGGGAUAACUGGGGAUGCCCCUGCCUCUUUCCUGCCUCCACCUCCCCACACAUCCCACCCCAAGGCUGUGGCAACAGCGCCCUGAGCCACGACCUGCACGAGCUGGGCUACACCGACGUCACCAGCAUCGACUUCCCCCCCGCCUGCAUCGCGGCCAUGCGCGCCCGCUACGCCCGCUGCCCCGGCCUGCGCUGGGCCGUCAUGGACAUCCGCGCCCUCGCCUUCCCCGACGCCUCCUUCGACGUGGUGCUGGAGAAGGGCACCCUCGAUGUGCUCAUGGUGGAGGAGACCGACCCCUGGCACGUCUCGCCCCAGGCAGCCGCCUCCAUGCGCCGGGUGCUGGCAGAGGUGAGCCGGGUGCUGCGCCCAGGGGGCUGCUUCAUCUCCAUCACCUUCGCCCAGCCCCACUUCCGCAAGCCCCACUAUGCCCAGGAGGCCUUCGGCUGGUCCCUGCGCCACGCCGCCUGCGGGGACGGGGACGCCGCUGCCUUCCACUACUUCCUGUACGUCAUGCGCAAGGGGCAGCCCCUGGACCCCCGGGACGCGGCCCUGGGGUGGACGACAGGGAAGCAGUGCAUCCCCCUGCAAGCUGCCCAGUGA